AGGGCUUAAUACACAGUAAGGUGUGGCUGUCGUGGAGACUGCCCACUUGGGCUGGAUCCGCAUGUUGUGGUGUAUUACUUUAUACAGUUGUGACUAUCUUACGAUCACUAGUCACAUAUCCUAUACCUGUCAAGAUCGGAGUAGGAUGAGAUAAUCAGCGAGUUUCGUAACAACUGGCGAGAACCUGUACACAAGGGCGGCCCCACUUUCACUAUCAUGGCCUCGGCGGCUGCUCUACAAAGCGUUACCAUUCUCACACUAGUAACCAUUGCCCUGUGUCGUCAGAAAUGUUAUAGCUGUGCGUUUAACAACCACGCGACAGAGAAGCGAGGAAUUGAGUGCGUGCACAGUCCUCAGAAUGCCUCCGUUGAGUGGGCGGUGCGUUGUCCAGACCCCUAUGACUGCUAUUACACAACCACAGUGGAUAUAGGUGCUAUGCAGUUGUUGUCGAUCAAUAGAGGCUGUGGUAACAUCGGCCCCACCAGUUGUAACAUAGUCGGGCUGCGUGAGAUGUGUAUCUAUUCCUGCUCUACUGAUCUGUGCAAUGGUGGACUUAGCGGGGUGCUGGUGGAGACAGGAGACCCGAACAGCGCGAGACAACACGUCAGCUACUUCAGUCAUCUGACGUCAUCCGCCAUUGCUUUGCUCAUUGGUCUGCUUAUAAUGAACCCGUAUCAUGGUCAGUUGUAGGUGACCCAGUGGCCAGAUACAUACAAACAAUCAACAGCACUUGCAAAUGCUUACGCAAGAUUAGAAAAUAAACGCUGUUGUGAGAUGUUUUACAUGACACGUGGACGAAGUGAAGGAAUAAGCUGCAAUAUUCUCCAUUUUGAGCUGAUAUCAGCUAUGCUAAUGUUUGGUUGUGAUUUAGAGGGAGACACAAUAAUGUUAAUUUCGUCAGUAUACACGAGGAAGGGGAAUGCAUGCGGCAAUAGAAAUUAACAUGCAUGCGCAAAUGACA